AUGUACCGACAGUUACACGAAGGAACGUUUCCGUUAGGCAACCGUCACGAGCGGCGAGAGCCUGAAUUCAACCACACGCAACCGACCUUGGCAAUGCUACGACUACCCAACUUAAUAAUCGUUACUCUUGACGUCCACGAAUUUCAACGUGCCGAUCUUCUACACUCACUUUUUCUUGACGUUGAGCUCAUCGUUGGAAAAUUGCAAGCUACUUGGGUCGGUUUUCAAGUGAGUGUACGGCCUGGCGCUGGAAGAAAGCACUGUUUACGAGCAGAGACUAUUGCGCGUGUGGUAAAAAUUAGCUCUCGACGGACAGAUCGUUUGAUGUUUUGCACUAAUACCACGCGGAUAGUGCUGCGGACGAAAACGAAUCCGCGGCGGUACACUAAGCACCAUGAUGUUUACUUUGAAAGAUACCGUAACUGUUACGACGAAAUAAAAACUUCAAUUGCAUUUUGGGGUUUGUCUAUUAAAUUUCAGUUGCGCAACCAGUAUCAAUUUCUCUUUUUGAACGUGCCACACAAUUUUCUCGCGUGGUUGGGAUUGAAGCUACAAGAAGACCGCUCCAUGCAGAUGCAAAGAUUAUCAUGUCGUGUGAUUUUCUUGAUGAGAAAGCAGAUCAACUUCCAGCUGUUGCUGAAAAAUAUGUUCAAUAGGACUGUCGGUUCGGAUCUUAUCCUUGUGUUAGAAGAUAUAGACCUAUUAGUAAAUAAUGCAUUCGAUCUCCAUGGAUUCAUGGCAACCAUAUCUGAGGUUUCGACGUUUUACGUCCAACAUGACGGUUGCAAGUUUACUUUUCCUGGUCGUAAUACUUUCAUCGUUGGGACUGCAAAUGAUAAAAUUUCAUAUCCGAUUCUGCGUCAGUACUUUUCGAGAGAGAUCCAAGUGCUAACUCACAGCGUUAUGAGGAAACAUAAAAAACGGGGGGUAGAUGCAUUGUACACAUCUUGCGCGAGAAUUCGUGAAUCUCUUCUCAUAAGAGGUCAUGACGUACGCACCGAAUCAGCAAAGUUGCAGCCCGACAGGAUCCUGGCGGGGAGAAGUCAUUUCAGCUGGAAUGACGUGGGAGGGCUAAGUCACAUCAAACAUGCAUUGAAUGAUAUGAUCAAAUUACCUUUGAGUUACCCAAAACUAUUUCAUAAGUUUUCAAAGGGGGCAUUGCUUUAUGGACCUCCGGGCACUGGUAAAACUUUGAUCGCAAAAGUUGUGAGCGCAGAAUCGGGCUUGUGCUUUUUCAACAUCAAGGGACCAGAGUUGUUAGGAAUGUAUGUCGGGGAAAGCGAGCGAAAAGUCCGCGAGCUCUUCAAGCGAGCCAAGGAGUCAGCUCCCGCACUGAUCUUUUUCGACGAAUUUGACUCUCUUUCUAUGGUUCCGUCUGCGGCAGGUCUCACAAGUCGAAUCAAUAGUCAGAUUAUCCUCGAAUUAGAUUCAUUGCAGAAUACGCAAGUCUUCAUUUUGGCUGCUAGUAACCGUGUAGAGUUGGUUGAUCCGGCUCUUCUUCGAUCUGGGCGAAUUGAUAGAGUCCUACAUAUACCUUUUCACGCAGAUUUACGCUCACGAACGGAAACUUUCGAGGCACUUACAAGGAACUUCAAAUUUGACGGACAAAUCAGUAUGGCAGAGAUUGCGAAAGUUUACCAAUAUAGCAGUGGCGCGCAAAUUUACGCGCGCUGCGCGCGAGCUUGGAUAAAGGCUGCGAGGAGAGGCAUUAACGAGCUUUCUGAAGUUGCAGUCAAGCUGGAAGACUUCUAUUAA